AUGUUUGAAUCAUUACUUGAAAAAGUAUUGAAUUCUGUAUUGGGUUAAUUUAUUGAAGGAUUUGAUGCUUAAAAUCUUCAUAUAGGUAUUUGGAGUGGAGAAGUAAUCAUAUCCAAUGUUUCAUUAAAAGCUGACAUCAUCAAAAUGUUGGAAUUGCCAAUUAGACUUUGUUUUAGCCAUAUUGGAAAAUUGAAACUAAAUGUACAUAUUUAUUAAAGUAAUAUAUAGGUCCCAUGGAAGUCGUUAACCAGUUCACCUGUUGAGGUAAUGUUAUCAGAUUUGUAUCUCAUAAUAUCAGCAGAUCAUCCUGAUUUGUGGUAGUAUGUGAAUUAUGCUGGUUUUAAAAAGAAGAUGGAGAUUCUUGAGAAAUUUAAAGAAUCAAUCAUCUAAAAUAUUAAUGACAAAUCUAAGUAAAAAGAUGAAAAAGAAGUUGGAUAUGUUAAAAAACUUGCCUUGAAAAUAAUUGAUAAUUUAUAACUGAGCAUAUCAAAUAUUCAUAUAAGAUUUGAGGAUACAAUAAAAAAUGAGUUUGCAUGGGGAUUUUCAAUUAAAACUAUUGAAACAUUCACUUGUAAUUCUGAAUGGAAAAAAUAAUAUUUUGAUCGAAAUAAAGAAGAAAACGUAUAUUAUAGUAUUAUUAAUUUAUUAGAAAAAAGUACCUUUAUAAAAACUCUUAACAUUGGUUAAUAUUGGAGCCUAUUGGAAUUAAUAAGAGAGAAGAUUUUUGAAUUAAUAAGAAAAAGAGGUUAUUCUUAAAGAAAUGGAGGAGAUGAUUAUAUCUACUCAAGAUCCUAAAUCUCAUCCUAAAUAUGGUUAAUUUGUAUUUUUAUUAAAUGCCUAAGGAAGAUUAUUUUAAAAUACUUCUGGUAAGUUUGAUUCUCCAGAAUUAUCUUUAUCAAUAGAAUUAAGUGGAAUUGAUAUUGCUUUAGAAAAUUUAUAACUUCAAUAAAUAAUUAGAAUGGCAGAACUAUUUUCAUUGUAUCAGAAUAGAUUAAAUAAAUAGAAGAAGCAAAGACUCUAACUAUCAAAUUAAUAAAUAGAAGAUUAAAAAUUAUUAUUUAUAGGUUUAUAUGAAAAAAUACUUAGAAGUCCUGAUUAAAGUAUUAAGGCACUUACAAAAGAUGAAAAUGAAUUAUUUGAAUAAACAGUUAGUAAUUUAAGUAUUGAAGUAUUAUGUGAGACAGCAAAAGAGAUGAUAAAAGUAGUAUAAAAAGAAUUAGCUAUUAAAGAAGCAGAAGAGAAGAAAAAGAAAUCAGGAGGAUGGUUUAGUUGGGGUAAGAAAAAGGAAUCAGAUUUACUUGAUUAAAAGGAGAAAGAUGAAUUAACUUCUUUUAUAGAUUAAUUAGCUGACUUUCAGGAUAUUAAAGAUAUUAAAAGACCACCUGAUUAUGUUUGGGUAUCAGUUGUAUUUUCAUUAAAAACAGGAUCAGUACAUAUAUUAAAAUAAUUUGAUACAAAAAGAGAAGGUAUUUAAUUAACAUAUAGUGGAUUUGAUGGAAUUUUUGAAAUGAAAGAUAGUGGUAUGCUUAUGAAGAUGGGUUUAUAAUUUAUUGGAAUUGAUAUUAUAACAGAACCAAUUUAGAAUGGGAUUGUAUUAUAUAGUGAAUAAAAGAGAAUAGCAUUUUUAGAAUAAAUAAAUAGUUAGAAAUUUAUAGAUUUUGUAUUUGAGACAAAUCCAUCUCAUCAUAAAGGAGUUGAUAAAUAUAUUAAAUUAGAAACAGGAGCAUUAAAAUUAAUAUUCAAUCCAAUUAUUAUGGUUAGAAUACAAUAAUUUACAGAUUUUUAAGUAAAAGAUGAAACUUUAAAGAAUGCAGCUUGGGAUUAAAUGGAAAUAGCAUAAGAUUUGGCUACUUAAUAAAUGGCAUAAUCAUAAUUAUCUCCAUCUAUUUUAUUUAUUGAUAUGAAAAUUAAAUCAACAAUUGUUUUAAUUCCACUUCCAAAUACUUAAGAAAAUUGGUUAUUAAAUAUUGGUGAUGUUUCAAUUAUUACACCAAAAAUAGAUGAAUUACAUUAUGAUAAUUUUGAAAUUUCAUUACAAGAUUUUACAUUCAAACAUUAUAAUUAGAUUGAUUAAUGUCAUAAAUCUAUAUAAUAAGGAAUAUAUUUAGAGAAUGUAGAUGGUUCAUAUAGUAUUAUUUAAAAUAUAAGAGUAAUAAUUAGAGCUUAAAUUUUGAGAGGUAGUUCUAAACCUCCAAAAGAAUUACCAUAAAUUAUAAUUGAUGGAGAAUUACCUUAAUUAGAUGUUUUUAUAAAUCCAAGUAUUUAUUCAAGAAUUUUAAAAAUUGGAGAAUGUUUUAAUGAACCAAUAAGAGAAUAAGAAGAAGUUUUAAGAAAAUUAACUAAAUUAUCAAUAGAAAAUGUUUAGACAGAAAGAACAGCAUUAAUGGAAUCAGCAACAAAAGUAGGAAAAAUAUGGAAAAGAGGAUAAUUAUUAACAUGGAGUUAAUAUACAGGAGUAUUAAGUGGUGGUUAUAUUUAUUUAUUUGCAAAACCUAAAGAUUAAUAACCUGAAUCUCAUUUUUGGAUAAGAAAUAGUGAUUUUAUUGAUGUUAAUGAAUAAGAAGCAGGAAUGAAUAAUGCAUUUUAUAUUAAAAAUAAAUAUGGUGAUACACUUGUUGCAUUUGAUAAACCAAAGAUGGCAAAUGAUUGGAAAGAGGCAAUUGAAUUAUUAAGAACAAUGCCAAGAGUUGAAAAAGAAAAAGAAAAUGAUGAAAUAGAAAAAGUUUAAACUGAGAAAAAUAAAGAAAGUAGACCAAUGAAUUUUAAAUUUGUAUUAAAAGGUUUUGGAGCACAUUUAUAAGAUGAAAAAUAAUAAGAUUGGUUUAAUGUUGUAAUUAGUGGUUUAAAUGCUGGUGCACAUUUAUUUGAUGGAUCUAUAAAUUUAGAUUUGAAAUUAAGAGAUUUAUAUGUAACUGAUAGUGUUUAAAAAUAUAUGAAUCCAUUACUUAAGUAUAUAGUAAAAUCUGAUCCAGAUCCAGAAUCAAAUGAAUUAAUUAAUAUUAAUGUUUAACAAAUAAGUAAUAAAGAUAAAAGAUAUAAUAAGAAAAAUUUAAUUAUAGGUGUAACAUUUGGUUCAUUAUCAGUUAUUGCAAAACCUUUAGUUGUGGCUAAAUUAUUAGUUUUUAUAACACCUAAUGAUAAUUAAGCAGAGGAUAUGUAGACUUUUUAAGGAAAAGAUAUUGAAAAAUAGUAAUAGGAUUAAGCAAAGAAAGAAUUGGAAAAUAAUGCUCAAUAAUAAAAUGUUAAAUUUGAUAACAUGCAAGAUAUUAUUUUAAUGGAUGUAAAUGUUAAAAUUAGGAGUAUUAAUGCUAUUUUAGUUCAUAGAUUUACAACAUUACCUUUAGCAGAAAUGAAAAUAGAAAAUACUGAAAUUGGAUUAAUUAAAUAUGUAGAUGAAAUGUAAUUAAAUGGAUCUCUUGGUAAUCUAUAAUUAUUUGAUUUAACUAAUUAUCCAAAUACUUUAAGUAAAGAAUCUGAAUAUACUUUAAUUAAUCCUAAAUAAAUGAUUGGAGUUAAACAUCAAUAAUAAUCAUUAUUAAAAGUUAAAUUAAAUUUAUUUAGUGAAGGAUCUAAAAAGAUUAUUAAUAAUGUUAAUAUAAUAAUUAAUGUUGAUAUGAGUUAAUUAAUUAUUCAUGUAAUGAUGCAACCAGUAUUGAGAUUACUUGAUUAUACUUUAUAAUAAUUAUUAUUUGCCUUAUCAAAUCCAAAAUAAACUAUUAAUCCUAUUGUUAAAUAGAAAGAAAUAGAUAUUGAAUAAGAAAUUGAUUAAUAUCAUUUAAAAAGAGCUGAAACUAAAAAAAUAUAAACAAUUUUAUUGUCAGAAGAUGAAACUGCUUAUUUAAAUAAAUAAUUAUAAAAUCCACCUGCUAUGUAAUUAAAUGUUGUAAUUAAUAAUCCUUAAGUUAUUUUAAAACCUAAUUAAGAUAGCAAUUGUGCUAUGGUAAUUGAUCUUGGAACAAUAAUUGUAUCUAAUUAAAGAACAAAGGUAACAAACAGAAUUAUAAGAUAAGAACAACAAUUAGAUUCUGUAUGGGUAGAUGUGUUUAUAUUGAAUAUGAAAGAUAUUUAAUUAUAUCAAUAGAAUGGAUAAAAUAAAAGAGAAUUUAGUUUACCAUUUGAUUUCAAUAUUAGUGUUGAGAUUUUUGGAAUGUUUUAACAAUAUUAAUUAUUUUAUCCAAAAAUUAAAUUUGAUGAAUAAUUAAAGAUCAAUUGUUUUAUUGCCCCAAUGAUAUUAUAAAUGACACAUUCAGAUUAUAUGUUUUUAAUGAAAUGUCUAUUUCAUAAUAUAGCUUAUGAUGAUGGAUUUGAUAAUAUGAUUAGAAAUAAUCAUCCAUAAUAUUUUGAAGCUUUCUUUGAAUAAUAAAAGUAAUAAGAAAUUAAAUUAAAAGAAAUGCUUCUAACUUAAAAUGAAUCACCAUAAUUAUCAUUUUAAUUAGAUUUAGAGAAUUUUAGUAUAUUUUUAUUAAAAGAUAUCCAACCUAAACCUACUCCCUUUCUAAGAAUGAUGCUAAUAAUGAUGAGAGUUUCAUUUUAGAAAUGUAAUAAUGGAUCUGCCAAAGUAGGUUUAUUGAUAAGAGAUUUAGAAGGUUCUAAUUUUGUUUUAGAAAAAGCAGGUUUAUUUAAUGAAUUACCUUUUAUUGGAAGUAUGAAUAUUCAAUAAACAUAUUCUUAUGAAUAAGUUACUAAUUUAAAUGGAUUGGUAAGAGGUAGAUAAGGAACUUUAAGUAAUGCUAAUUAAAUUUUAAAUAUGGCUUCUCGUGGAUUGUUAAGUUAAGGAUAAUAAAGAUAAUUGAUAUUUAAAUUUGAGGAUGCUUAUUAAUAAAUUGAAGAAAAUCCUUAAUAUAAAUUAAUUUUUAAUUUAUAAAUGAAAAUAACAGGUGAUAAAGUUAUUAAUAUUGAAUUAUCAGAUUUUAAAUUAUAAUUACAUGCUGGUCCUCUAUUUGAAGUUUUGGCAUUAAUUGCAAUGGAUGAUCCUGAAUUAACACCAAGUCCUGGUAAAUAUGUAAUUGUAUAAUAAUAAUUACAAUAGAGUAUCUAAUAAUAAUAAUAAUAAUAAUAAUAAUAAUAAUAAUAAUAAUAAUAAUAAGAUUAAAUUUAAGUACCUUAAAAUCCUUAAUAAGGUAGUUUAAUGAUUAAUGUAAAUUUAAGAAAUGUAAUAACUUGUAUACCCACUUAAAUAGAAUAAAAUGUAUUAACAGUAAGGGGAAUAUUUAAGAUAGAGAUGAAGAUGGCUCCUCAAAGAUCACUUAAAGAAAUAGAGAAGGAAAUUAAACAAAAUAAUAUUGCUGAAUCUGAUUGGCAUAAAUUAAAUGAAACAAUGAGAAUUGAAGCUAAAUUAUAAAAAUUAGAAAUAUUUUUAUGUAAGAGUUAUGAUUUGAGUAAAAAGGAUGAUUUUAAAUAAGUUAAAAAGAGAGAAAUCUUAAAUCCAAUAGAUUUAGAAGUUGAAUUAUCAAAAUCAUCAGUAAUAUUAUAAAACUUUUAAGGAUUUGCUGAUUUAACUAAUUUAAUUGGAAAAAUAAGUCCAAUAAAUUUAAAGGUUUCUUUUUAGGAUCUAUAUACUAUUAAGGAAGGAUUAAAUUAUUAAUUAAGUCAAAUGCCUAAAUAACCUGAAUAAUAAUAAUAAUAAGAAAUUAAUCAAGAAAAAAAAAAUAAUGAAAUUUCAUAAUUAGAUGCUUCUCAUUUAAAUAAUAUGUAAUUGAGUGCUGUCAAAAUAGACUUAGAAGUAGAUUAAGUAAAAGUUAUAGUUUUAAAUGACAUGGGUAAUUGUUAUUCACCAUUAUUUGAUUAUGAGAUGGAUGCAAUUAAAGUAACAUUUGAUAAAAAUAAUCUAUUUCUAAAAAUUUAAAUUACUUUACCAUUUAAAUUAAGUAAUUUCAAUCCAUUAUGCUCUAAAUGGGAACCUAUAAUAGAGAAAACUGGAUUUUAAAUUGAUAUAUUUUAAAGUUAUUUAGCAGGUUUAGGUGGAGAUAUAAGCAAUUUAAUAACUAUUGAAUAAAUGAAAGAAUUUGAUAAAUUUAAUUUAACUCUAUCUACAGUAUGUAUUUAAACAGUUUUAAGAGCUUUAAAAAUAAUGGAAAAAAUAUUUAAUAAAUAAUAAUAGGAAAUACAUUAGAGUGUUUUAAAAUCAUUUGGUGGAACAGAUGAUGAUUCAAAUCAUUCAGAGGAUAAUAUUAUUUAAGUAUCACCUUAUUCUGUUAAGAAUUUAACAGGUUAUCCUAUAAUUGUUGAAUUUAUUGAUAAUCAAAGAUUACCUUCUUUAAAUAUACAUAUAAAUUAACAAUAGAAUUUAAUUUUUGAUGAUGAAGUAGAGAGGGCUAGUACUGGAUAAAGAAGGGUUAAUGUAACAAUAAAAGCAGAUAAAGUACCUUUUCCAAUUAAACUAAUUGAUUUGGAUAAAAUAACAUCUAGAUUAUAUUAAUAAGAUUAACUUCAAGCCUUUGCAAGUGUCAAAUUAGAUUAAGUAACAAACUAAAAGAUUUUGAGUUUAUUUGCUCCUGUAGUAAUUGUAAAUAAGACUAGCAAAUUAAUAGUUAUAUCAAUUAGUGAUGACAAACAUUAACAAACAAUGAAGUUAAGUUAAUUAAAAAUUGAUUAGGAAUUGAAUCAUAUAGCACCUAUUCCUUUAGGAUUUGUGAAUCCUAAAAUAGCAAUAAGGUUUAGUGAAUGUUAAGAUUAUACUGAAGAUAUACUUGUGGAAAAUUUGAUAAGAUAAUAAGAAAAGAAUAUUGAAAUAGAGACAAGAGAUGGGUAAUUUAUUUUGGUAAAGGUGAAUGGAGACAAUGAUCAUUAAGGAAAGAUUGAGAUAGAAUUAUAAACACCAUUCAGAAUUACUAAUUCAUUGCCUUUAGAUAUUUUUAUCCAAAUGAUGAAUCAUAAUAAAGAAACAACUUUCACAAAAAAGAUUUGUAAAGAGUAAACAAUAGAAGAUUAUUAACAUGGUCAUUAUAAAUGCAGUUAUCUUAGAGUAUAUGUAGAAGGAUAUUAUUGGUCUGAUGAAUUUAAAUUGUAAGCUCCAGAAGAAUUAUAAUAAAAAAAUGAUGAUGGUAUUUCAAAAUUAACUUUAAAUGAUUCUAAUAAUAAUACAACUACAUUAUUAAUUUUUGAAUCUUAAAGAUAAUAAGAUUAAUCUAAAUUAACAAGAGAAUAUGUAAUUCAUUGUUCUGGUUAUAUUAUCAAUAAAUCAGGAAUACCUUUGAAAUAUUAUACUAGUAAUAAUAAAAAUGAUUUAACUCCAUUAGGAGGUAUAGAUUCUAUAAAUACUGGAGAUCCUAUAGAAAGAUCAAUAACAUUAUUGGGAACAGAAUCUGGUAAUAUAUUAUCAUUGAGUCAUAUUUCAACCAAUUAAAAAAUAUCAUAAUUUCCUAUAUAGAUUUCAACAAUUGGUGAACCUGAAAUAGAUGUUAUAAUUACUAAUGAAGAAGAUACAAAUUAAUUAUUAUAAACCUUUUUAGGUGCUAAGUUAGAUUUAGGAAGAUGUAACAAAAAGUAUACAUUAUUCAAUAAGAUAAUUACACUUGAACCCAGAUUCAUUAUUGUCAAUAAUUGUAAUUAAGAUAUUCUCAUAACUACAAAUGAUGAUUCUUAUUCUUAAUCUGUUCCAUCUAAUUAAAGAAUAAUAUUUUAAUCUCUUUAUAAUUCAAAAAAUAAAAUUAGAGAUCCUUGUUAAUUUAUUAAUAUGAAUUUAGCUAACAAUGAUUAUUCAUUAAGUAGUAGAUUAAAUAUUAGUGCUGUUGGCAUUGUAUAUUAUUAACUUAGAAAUAGAGAUAAUCCAAAAGAAAGAUUAUAUUUUAGUUGUGAUACUCGUUAGGAAGGAUGUAGUCUUUAUAUUAUAUUUAAUUAAUUACCAAAAGAUUAAGCACCAUAUAAAAUAGAAAUGUUAGUUGAAAAUUUAGAAUUGGAAAUUAAAGAAUUAGAUGUAAUUAUGAAUGAAGACAAUAAUGUUACUUAUUUUGCAUGGGAUGAUCCCCAAAGAUUAUAAAAAGCAUUAAAUGUUGAGUUAAGAAUUAGAGAUGAUCCUAAUGGAGAUUACAAGCCUCUUAAAUAUACAUUAUAUCCAGAUCAUAUAGGAUUAUUUUAAGUUUAUACUUUUAAACCUGCUAAAGGAUCUAAAGCACCAUAAAUACCAGUUGCAUUAUCAAUUCUACCUAAAGGAUGUUAGAAGUAAAUUUAAAUUACUAAAGCUACUCAAGAAUAAGUAAAAAUGUCUAAAUCAAAACCUAAAUAAGAUUUUUUAAGACAAAUUAAAUAAUAAAAUAGUUUAGAAAAUGAAGAUGAAGAUGAAUCAAGAGCUCAAUCAAUAUCCUUAUAAUCAAAAUAAUCAAUAUCUGAGAAUAGUGAUAAGAUUGAAAAUAGAAUUAAUCUGAAAUUAAAUUCAUUUUCUCUAUCUAUAGUUCAUAAUUCAGAUGUCAAAAGAAGAGCAGCUGAAUUUUUCCAUUUCACUUGUACAAAUAUAGAGUUUGUAUCUAUUUAAACUGUUUUAAAUAUGGUAGUAUAAUUAAGAGUAUAAUAUAUAAAUUUUGAUCACAAUGCUGAAUUCUUUGUAUAAUAUCCAGUAGUAAUUACUCCAUAAAAAUAUGCAUUAUAUCAUGUUGCACCUAAAUAAUAAUAAUAAUAAUAACAAUAAUAACAAUAAUAAUAAUAAUAGAGUGAUAAAUAUUUCUUUAAUGUCAUGAUUAUUAAAGACAAUAGAGUUUCUGAUAUUAAACUAUUCCAAAAUAUUACCUUUGAAGUAGAUCCUUUUGAAAUUAGAAUAGAAUAAUUAUUUAUACUUAAUCUCUUAGAAUUUGUUUCAGCCAUUACUUCAUUCUAAACUUAAAUUCAUGAAUUAGAUAGAAAUUAAUCUGGAAGUUUUAUUGUUGAGAAACAAUUUUAAGUAUUGAAAUAAGAAGAAGAAAAAGAAAUUGAUUACAACAAUUAAAAUAAUUUAUAGUCUUUCAUAUAAAUUAAUGAAGAGUGGAGAACAAAGAAAUUACCUGAUGCUUAAUUACCUACAUAUAUCAGUGAAAUCAUCAUAUCUCCAAUCUAAUUAAAUUUAACAGUCUAAAUGUCUGGUAAAGGAGACUUAAAUAUGGGUAAACUUGCUAUUUUUGCUUCAGUUGCUUAAGCUGUUGGAGUUGUUCUAUCAGAUAUUAGUGAAGCUCCAAUCUUCUUUUAGGGAUGGAAAAUAGAAAAUUGUUUUGAUACUGGAUCAGGUAUAAUGAAUAAAAUGAUUCAAUUUUAUAAAUAAGAAGGUAUCAAAUAAAUUGGAUCUGUUAUUGGAAGUCUAUCAAUAAUAGGUAAUCCUAUUGGAUUAUUAAAUAAUAUUUCUACUGGAUUCAAGGAUCUAGUUGAUAAACCAGCAGCCGGUCUAACUCAAGGACCUUUAGAAGCUGGAUUAGGAUUAGCAUAGGGAGCUACAUCCUUAGUAUCACAUACUAUUGCAGGAGCAUUUAGUUCAGUAAAUAAAAUUACAGGUAGUGUUGGAAGUGGUCUUGCUAAUUUAACAAUGGAUGAAGAUUAUUUAAGGAAAAGAGAGAAAUAAAAAAUGCAUAAACCCAAACAUAUAGGAGAUGGUUUAGGAUAAGGUGCUAAAUCUAUAAUGACUGGUAUUACAGAUGGAAUUACAGGAGUAUUCUUAAAACCAAUUAAAGGAGCAAAGGAAUAAGGUAUUAAAGGUGUAUUCACUGGAACUGCAUAAGGACUUGCUGGUUUAAUUAUUAAACCAAUAACAGGAGUAUUAGAUGGAAUGUCUUAAGCAGCUGCUGGAAUUCAAAAUACAGUCUCAUAUUUUGAUGAUAAACCUAAUAAUAACAGAGCAAGAAAUAUUAGACCUGUUUAUGGCUUAGAGGGUUAUAUAGCUGAUUUUAAUACUAUUGAUGCAGAAGGUUUCACAAUGAUACAUUUUUUGAAAGGUGGAAUCUUGCAAAAUGAUAGAUUUAUAGCAUCUUAUUUAAUUGUUCCUGAUAUUAAAGAACCAGAAAAUAAAUUUAUGUUGGUGAUUACAUUUGAACAUUAUAUUUAUAUGUCAUUUAAGACAAAGAAAAAAGUAAAAAUAUUACUAUUUAUUUUUUAGGUAUGGAUUUUUGAGACAAAAGAAAUAACUCAUAUAGAGAUGGUUCCAUCUGGAAUAAAGAUUUAGGUCAAUAAGCCUCAAAAAUAAUUAAAAGUAUUGUUAUAUAAUAAUAUUUAGAAUAAAUAUGUAACUUAGAUUCAAAUAUCUAAUGAGGAAAGAGUAGAAGUCUUUAAAAAUAUGUAAGGAGUUUGGGAAGCUUAUCAAGCACUUUAGAAAUGAG